CAAGAAUUGACAAAGGGAAUAUAUUUUGUCAGAUUGUAUUCAGGUCCUGAGUGUGGUCACCUUUAUCCACUCUACCUGUGUAUGAAGGUCAAGUGGUAAGAAAGGCUAUGAAGGGACAAAGAAUGAACAAUUCCAUACUGGCUGGAUCCAUAGAAACCGGGGCUAAAUUGUUGCUGUGUUGUGCUCUUUUCUCUACCCGAAAUCCUGAACCUCUGGACACUUAGCCCUAUCUAACCCCCACCCCCAACCUGAGUCUCUCCAGACUUCCUGCUCCCUAGGGAGAGAGGCUAAAUACCAGAGGAACAAAGCCACCCCAAAUAUGCUUAUGAUGAGAAAAACUCCCACAUCCAGUGUCUAGCCCCCCCACCCAACUCCCGACUCCUGACUGUGGGCUCAGCCCCUGCAGAUGGCAGCCUAUACCACAAAAAGGCAACUUUUUUUUCCCUGCUCUUUGCUGUAAUUGGAUUCAUACUAAAGCAACCACGUCCCCAUCAGAAAAGAAGGAGGGGGCAGGGGAAGAGGCUGGGAAAGAAGGGAGGGACAAGAGUAGUAAGUGAGUGAGAGAGAGAGAGAGAAGAGGGCUCCAGAUCGCCGAGUAAGCAGAAAAAGAACAAAAAAAAAAAAAAAAAAAAAAACAAACCCCAGGAAUUCGAGAGAAGAACCAGACAACCACUUCCACAGAACAAACCCCCCAACUCCAGCCUGCUCCUGCUCCUGAAACCCAAGGGGGAAACGAGGCAGAACAAAGGAGCCCUGAGAGAGAGAAGAGACAGAGACCCCAGGGGUUUGUGGGGGGAAUUAAGGGGGACACAAGACUCAGACUACAAACAGAGAGAUUCCCAAAAGUUGCCCAGAAUUGAGUGUGAACCAUGUUCUGUGGCCCUAGCCCCGACGGGAGCCUGCUUCUCUCUCUCCUCACUCUCAGCACAGCCCUCAUCUCCCUCUGCUCGGCAGACGGCAACUUUAGCCCUGAAGCUUGGCUCCAGCAAUAUGGCUACCUACCACCUGGAGAUCUGCGUACCCACACCCAGCGCUCUCCCCAGUCCCUCUCCACAGCUAUUGCUGCCAUGCAGAGGUUCUACGGGCUGCGUGUGACAGGCACUGCUGAUGGAGAUACCAUGAAGGCCAUGAAGCGCCCCAGAUGUGGUGUCCCAGACAAGUUUGGAGCAGAAAUCAAGGCCAACGUGCGGAGGAAGCGCUAUGCCAUCCAGGGUCUAAAAUGGCAACACAACGAAAUCACAUUCUGCAUCCAGAAUUACACACCCAAAGUAGGUGAACAUGCCACAUUCGAAGCUAUCCGAAAAGCCUUCAAAGUGUGGGAGGGGGCAACACCUCUACGCUUCCGGGAGGUGCCCUAUUCCUAUAUACGAGAGGGCCACGAGAAGCAAGCCGACAUCAUGAUCUUCUUUGCCGAGGGCUUUCACGGUGACAGCACUCCCUUUGAUGGGGAAGGCGGCUUCUUAGCCCACGCAUAUUUUCCUGGCCCUAACAUUGGGGGCGACACUCACUUUGAUUCAGCUGAGCCCUGGACUGUCCAAAAUGAGGAUCUCAAUGGGAAUGACAUCUUCCUGGUGGCUGUACAUGAAUUGGGCCAUGCACUGGGUCUGGAGCACUCCAAUGACCCCUCUGCCAUCAUGGCCCCCUUCUACCAGUGGAUGGACACAGAAAACUUUGUACUUCCUGAGGAUGACCGUCGGGGCAUCCAGCAACUCUAUGGGAGUAAGUCUGCACCCCCCACCAAGAAUCCUUCACAGCCCAGGACUACCUCCAAGCCCUCUGUCCCAGGCAAGCCCAAAAAUCCCACCUAUGGGCCUAACAUCUGUGAUGGGAACUUUGACACAGUGGCUGUGCUUCGGGGGGAAAUGUUUGUCUUCAAGGAACGGUGGUUCUGGCGGGUUCGGAAUAACCAGGUGAUGGAUGGGUACCCAAUGCCCAUUGGUCAGUUCUGGAGGGGCCUGCCUGCUUCUGUCAACACAGCUUAUGAAAGAAAGGAUGGCAAAUUUGUCUUCUUCAAAGGAGACAAGCAUUGGGUGUUUGAUGAGGCCUCCCUGGAACCCGGCUACCCCAAGCACAUUAAAGAGCUGGGACGGGGCCUGCCGACUGACAAGAUCGAUGCAGCACUUUUCUGGAUGCCCAGUGGAAAGACCUACUUCUUCCGAGGAAACAAGUACUACCGAUUCAAUGAGGAGUUCCGUUCAGUGGACAGCGAGUACCCCAAAGAUAUCAAAGUCUGGGAAGGAAUCCCCGAGUCACCCAGAGGAUCAUUCAUGGGCAGUGACGAAGCUUUCACCUAUUUCUAUAAGGGAAAUAAAUACUGGAAAUUCAAUAACCAGAAGCUGAAAGUGGAGCCAGGCUACCCCAAAUCAGCACUUCGGGACUGGAUGGGCUGCCCCUCUGGGGGCCGACCAGAGGAGACUGAUGAAGAGACUGAAGUGAUCAUCAUCGAGGUGGACGAGGAGGGCAGUGGGUCAGUGAAUGCAGCUGCUGUAGUGCUCCCCAUCCUUCUGCUCCUCUGUGUCAUUGCUGUUGGCCUAGCUGUCUUCUUCUUCAAACGCCAUGGAACCCCCAAAAAGCUGCUCUACUGCCAGCGUUCCCUGCUGGACAAGGUCUGACCCCCCCAACAGGCUGGGGGGCUGGCACCCCUCCCCUGCCCACCCCCACCACACAGACUUUGCCUCUGGGGGCCAGGGGCUACAGGUGUAGGGGGAGGGAUGUUCCCAUAUUUCCCCAUGGUCUCCUUGAUGUCCCACAACCUUCCUCCUGUCCCCUCCAUUCCCUAAUCCCUUUGUCUGUGCCUUUCUCCUCCCUCUGCUCCCCUCACUUCAUUACUACACAAGUCCCUAGGAUACUGAACAUCAGUAGCAUCAUAGAGGCUCCCUGCCUCCCUUUGGGGAGCUUUCCUCCUUGGUGCCAACCUCCCCUGCUGGUCAUCCUGGGGGCUCUUCACUUGAAGGCUAGGACUCUCUGACCUCCCUGGUGAAGGUCAAAGUCUGGGUCACCUGCUCCUUUUCCUUUCCUGGACAUACCUUGCACCUCUGAACUUUAACCUCAGGAGGCUCUACAUACUUCCAGCCCCACAGACCCCAGGUCUGCCUAGUUGGC